UGAAUAAUGAAUUCUAAUGAGUAAAGUGGGGCUUGUUUGAAAACCCUCAGUUGUCAUUAAAUGUAAUGAUAAGACAAGGUGAAACAUUAUUGACUCCUGUGUGGAAAUUAUGUCAUUGCAGCAGCAAAUAUAAAAUGAUACAACUAUAAUAUGUAUAAUUAAAAAUAUGAACAAUAACAUUAAAAAUAAUAAUGAAAAUAUAGAAUGUAAGCACAAAGCAAUAAAUCAACAGAAAAAAUAUGAAAAAAAAGCAAAAAAAAAUGUAAACAAUAGCUGCAGAAUGUUAUGUGUAUGCAUAAAUAAAAGCCAGUAAUUAAACAACAACAACAACAACAAAGGCCCCCUGGCAUAAGAGAAUCAGAAGAGACUCAGGUACACAAACUCACCUCCAACAUUUCAAUAAUUCUUCAACAGAUCAGCAACUACACACACCUUAGUCUCCAAAAAAAUUGCCAUGCAUUAACUCAGCAGUUAAGACCAAUAUUUCUGUAUAUGCUUUGUUUGUUUGUUUGUUUGUUCGUUGCUGAGGUGAAAGAAGAUCCCAGCCAUUACUAGGGCUUUUUGGGAUACUCAGCUUUCCCCAGUGAGUCACAGUUUAAAGACUGAAAAGGUGAAUGCUGGGCAGAGUUAAACUUUUAAAGAAAGAUGGAGCACGUCUCUCUACCAGCCUUGUCCCGUGUUGCCAUUUGUGGUGGCACACAUGGAAAUGAGCUGUCAGGCGUGUGGAUUGUGAGGGAAAUGCAGAAACAGCAGGUAGAAAAAGUUGGAUCGAUCUCUAUAACCACAGUCAUGUCAAACCCCCGGGCUGUUGAGGCUUGCAAAAGAUACAUGGAAACAGAUCUCAAUCGUUGUUUCACAGAUGCCAUACUCAGUGCUCCAGUAACCGAUGUCACACCCUAUGAGGUGAGGCGAGCCCAUGAGCUGAAUGCUCAGCUUGGGCCUAAAGGCAGCCAAGAGGCCAUGGACCUGGUUUGUGAUCUCCACAACACCACUGCAAACAUGGGCCUGUGCGUCAUCUUCACCACCUUUAACUGGAUCAGCCUGCACAUCUAUAAAUAUCUUAAGAAGAGGAUAACCUCAGCCCCUGUGAGAUUAAUCCAUGUAGAUGUUCCCCUCAGUGACGCUCAUUCCCUGGACUCACUCGGCAAGAAUAACUUAUCAUUUGAGGUUGGUCCUCAACCAAAUGGAGUGGUCAGAGCUGAUAUCUACAACUUGAUGAAGGAGGCUUUGGACCAUUUAGUAGAUUGGGUUCAGGAAUUCAAUUCUGGAAUCACUUUUGAAGGUGGUGAAGUGGAGGCAUACGUUUUUGAAAAGAGUAUAGACUACCCAAGAGACCCUGACACCAAUGAGCUUACUGCAAUCAUUCACCCCCAGCUACAGGAUAAAGACUUCAUCCUUCUCAAACCAGGUGACCCCAUAUUCCUGUCAUUCUCUGGGGAGACGGUCAAGUAUGAGGGGAAAGAACUCUACCCAUUCUUUGUGAAUGAAUGUGCAUAUUAUGAGAAGCACAUUGCCUUCCAUUUAGCGCAGAAGACCAUUCUAACUAUCCCGUCUGUAAGUGUGGAAAAUGAUUAAAAUCAAGAGAAGAUGUAGACUUUAGUCAAUUCAAAUCAUGGAACUGCAGUACAUUUUUAUCAUUUUUUAUGAUCUCAAUAUUAUUGUACGCUGAUUUACAUGAAUGAAUAUGCUAAAUUAUGUAAUUAUGUUAAAAUUUCAAGUAAAUAAAUUUGAUGUUUUCAUAUUGUGGCACAAAUGCAAAUCCAAUACACAUGCAUUGUUGUUUAAGUGACCACAUGGAGUGUGUGUAUAGAGCUUCCAGACUUGGAUUUUUGUCACAUCCAAAGAUUUAGCAAAUUUCCAUAUUGGUUGAGCAGCUGAUUGCUAACAAUAAAAGAUAGAGGCUGUAUUAUGC